CCGCCGGGGCUCCGGCUCGCGCUCGGGCUGGCGCUGCUGCUGGCGCGCCCGCCGUCGGGCCGCGCGGGGGCCCCCGAGGCGCAGGAGCCCGCGGAGCCCGGCACGGCGGCCCCGGCCGGGGGCGACCGCUGCCGCGGCUACUACGACGUGAUGGGCCAGUGGGACCCGCCCUUCAACUGCAGCUCGGGCGCCUACAGCUUCUGCUGCGGCACGUGCGGCUACCGCUUCUGCUGCCACGACGGGCCGCGGCGCCUGGACCAGAGCCGCUGCUCCAACUACGACACGCCGGCCUGGGUGCAGACCGGCCGGCCCCCCGCGCGUGCCCGCGACGCCGCCGCGCCCCGGGACCCGGGCCGCGAGCGCAGCCACACGGCCGUCUACGCGGUGUGCGGCGUCGCUGCGCUGCUCGUGCUGGCCGGCAUCGCGGCGCGCCUGGGCCUGGAGAGGGCGCACAGCCCGCGCGCGCGGCGCACCGUGACCAGGACACUCACAGAACUUCUGAAGCAGCCGGACCCCCAGGAGCCACUGCCCCCACCCCUGGGCCCACCUCUGGGUAGUUGUGUCCAGGUGCAGAUGGGUGAUGGCCUCCCCCGGGGCUCCCCCAACAACACAGACAAGAAGCGCCCCAACAACGUGCCCCUGGGGUCAGCAACACCAGGACCCCUGCGUGGCCCCAGGCUGCAGGGCGGUGGCAGCAUGACGCUGCAGCCCGACUACACCAAGUACGCCACCCUCAAGGCAGCCGCGCUCAAGGCCGCAGAAGCCACACCACAGGACUUCUACCAGCGUUUUCCUGCCAGCGAACCUGCCCCGCGGACCCUCCCGGCGCGGGCCCCGCGGCCCCGCGAGGACUUGCCCGCGCUGCUCGACGCCUGCCCCUGGGCCCCGCCGGGCUACGCGGCCCCCGCGGGCCUCGCCCAGUCCGGCCACUACAAGGCGUGGAUCGCCGGCCGCCAGGCCCGGCCCGCCCCCCGCGGCCACCUGGCGGCUCAGGCCUCCCCCGCACCCCGGCGGCCCGGCCACGCGCCCCGGCGCCAGUUCAGCGUGGAGAAGCUGCCCGAGGCCUUCAGCCCGCAGCCCCCCGGCCUUUAUGGCAGCGCGGGCCGCGGACCCCGGCACCUGAGCACCAACAGCAAAGCCGAGGUCACCGUGUGA